GGCUUGCUUUCAGCAUAUAUAUAGAUGACGCUUGAGAUCAAGCGCAGCAUCUCUUGGAACAUCAUGAAGACUUUCGUGUUAGCCUGUGUGUUGGUGAGUUCGGCCAUGGCGCUUCCGGGCCUUCGGCUGCGUCGCGACUCCUCGCCGCAGCUGUUCGAGGUGCCGGCCAACACUUCUCUCAUCUUGGGAGGAAUCAACCCCGGCUUCGACUGUGCCGAACUUCCCUACGGCUACUACGCCGACG